CUGGCUUUCCAAGUCUUUGGGAGGCCUCUGAGACUGUUUCUGAAGUGACAUCACUUUCUACACGUAGGGUGGACCUGUAUGAUUUGUUUCUUCCUUGGGUUAUCACAUCAUGGAUGAAAAUGACAUAAACAGAAACCAGACCGAGAAAUUACUAAAAAGAGUACAAGAACUGGAGCAGGAGGUGCAAAGACUUAAGAAGGAACAGGCCAACAAUCACAAGGACUCAGACAUUAGAGAAAAUUCUUCAGGAGCUGGAAAAGUUAAGCGUGCAUUUGAUUUCAGUGCUCAUGGCCGAAGACAUGUAGCCCUAAGAAUAGCCUAUCUUGGCUGGGGAUACCAGGGUUUUGCUAGUCAGGAAAACACAAACAAUACCAUUGAAGAGAAACUGUUUAAGGCUCUUACCAAGACUCGACUAAUAGAAAGCAGACAGACAUCCAACUAUCACCGAUGUGGGCGAACAGACAAAGGAGUUAGUGCCUUUGGACAGGUGAUUUCUCUUGACCUUCGUUCUCAGCUUCCAAGGGGCAGGGAUUCAGAGGAUUUUAUCUUAAAAGAAGAAGCCAAUGAUAUUGCUAAAGAGAUACGUUAUACCCACAUUCUCAAUCGGGUGCUCCCUCCAGACAUCCGUAUACUGGCCUGGGCCCCUGUAGAACCUGGCUUCAGUGCUAGGUUCAGCUGUCUUGAGCGGACUUACCGCUAUUUUUUCCCUUGUGCUGAUUUAGAUAUCGUAACCAUGAAUUAUGCAGCUCAGAAGUAUGUUGGCACCCAUGAUUUCAGAAACUUGUGUAAAAUGGAUGUAGCCAAUGGAGUGAUUAAUUUUCAAAGGACUAUUCUGUCUGCUCAAGUACAGCCAGUGGGCCAGAGCCUGGGUGAGGAGAGAUGGCAGAAACCUUUCCAGUUAUGUCAAUUUGAAGUGAUCGGCCAGGCAUUCCUUUAUCAUCAAGUCCGCUGUAUGAUGGCUAUACUCUUUCUGAUUGGCCAAGGAAUGGAGAAGCCAGAGAUUAUUGAUGAACUGCUGGACAUACAGAAAAAUCCCCAGAAACCUCAAUAUAGUAUGGCUGUAGAAUUUCCCCUAGUCUUACAUGACUGCAAGUUUGAAAAUAUCAAGUGGGUCUAUGACCGGGAGGUUCAGGAGUUCAAUGUUACCCACCUACAACAACUAUGGGCGAAUCAUGCUGUCAAAACUCACAUGUUGUAUAGUAUGCUACAAGGACUGGACUCAGUUGCAGUACCCUGUGAGACAGGACCAAAGAUGGUUGGAGUGACAGAAUGGAGAAAUGUUAAGCCCCCUGUCAUAAAGCAGACCAGUGCCUUUGUAGAAGGAGUGAAAAUGCGCACAUAUAAGCCCCUCAUGGAUCGUCCUAAGUGCCAAGGAUUGGAAACCCGGAUACAGCAUUUUGUGCGUAGAGGACGCAUUGAGCACCCACAUUUAUUCCACGAGGAAGAAACAAAAGCCAAAAGGGACUGUAAUGACACACCAGAGGAAGAGAAUACUGAUUUGGAGACACCAACAAAGAGGGUCUGUGUUGAUACAGAAAUUAAAAGCAUCGCUUAACCAUGGAAAAUUCACCAGGAUCAAACAAGCUAGUGGUAGGUGGGUAGAAAAGAAAUACACAAAAAAUAUUUACUGCAAGAAGUCCCAGAAAUUCAGAUGAUCAGUUAAAAAAAAAAAAAAAAAAAGACUAUAAGGCCCUAUUAAGGAAGUUCUUUCUUAAAUAGGACAGAGUUCAAACAUUCAUCCCUGUCCGAAAGGAUUAAGAGAUGAAAGAAACAAAAAGCAAUGGUAAAAUGGAGAUGUAUUUAUGUACACACCUGGGAGCCUGUGCCUUGUGUUCAAAUUCAUUAAAACCUGACCCUGCAAGUGU